AUGGCGUCCGUGUCCAACGGCGCCGCGCCGCGCUACGCGAUCGACCGCGGCCGCGGGACGCUCGACGCGACGCUCGCGGUCGACGUCGUCGUGCCGACGUCCGCGGGCGCCGCGGGCAAGCUCGCGCUCGCGUCCGUCGACUGCUCGGUCCGCGUCGCGCUCGCGCCGAGGACCGUCGCGCGGCGCGUCGGCCGCGCGACGCUCGUCAACGUCUUCGAGGACGCGACGCGCGCCGCGGCCGCGGAGAUCGCGUCGGCCGCGCCGCCGCCGCCGGUCGAGGCGGACGGGCCGGCGCCGUCGUCCCUCGUGGGGCCGGGCCGCGUCCUCGGGGCCGCGCGCAGCGCCGGCGCGUCGUCGCUCGGGGCCGCGCGCGCGGCGACGUCGCGGCUCGCGCGGCGCCUCCAGGAGGACCAGCCCGGCUUCUCCGCGCUCCUCCGCGAGGCCGCGGACCGCGAGGCCGCCGCGCCGCCGCCGGCGGACUUCGCGACGCUCCUCCGCGAGGCCGCGGACCGCGACGCCGCGCCGGAGCCGCCCCCGCCGCCGCCCGACGGCGACCCAGCGCUGGCGCCAGCGGCCAUGUCGCGUCCACGCGGCGCCAUGCGAACACUCGCCGUCGUCGCUGUCGCAUCCGCCUUCGUCGCGAAGCCCACGGUCGCGCCGCUCAAGGUCCUCGGCUUCGCGCCGAGGAGCGCCAUGAAGGACGCCGAGACCAAGCCGAAGACGCGGCGGAAGAGCUCGAUGCAGGACUGGGACGUCAUGUACGGCGAGCUGUCGAGCUACCGGAGCACCUGGGGCACGGCCGACGCGCCCCUCGGCGACGAGCUCGGCCGCUGGUGCGAGGCGCAGCGCCGCCUGAAGAAGAGCGGCAAACUGGCGGCGGACCGCGCGGACAAGCUCGACCUGCUCAAGUUCGCCUGGACGAACCCGAGCCAGCUCACGCCGGAGGAGCUCGAGGCCCGGUGGCAGGAGAACGUCGAGGCGCUCGUCGCCUACGUGGCCGCGCACGGCGACGCGCAGGUGCCCAAAAAAUGGCGCGAGAAUCCCGUGCUCGGCGGCUGGGUCGCGGCCGUGCGCCGCCGGGGCCGCGACGUCCUCCCCGCGGACCGGCGCCGCGACCUCGACGAGGCGGGCUUCGAGUGGAUCUCGAGCCGGGCCUGCGGCUCCGCGUUCAUGAAGGGCUUCCGGAAAUACCGCGACUGGAGGGCCGCGGCGGCGGCCGGCGCGGCGCCGCCGGAGGACCUCGCCGUCUGGGUCGCGGCGACCAAGGCCGCGGCGGCCAAGGGGAAGCUCUCCGCCGAGCGCCUCGACUACCUCGGCUCCGUCGCCUUCUUCGAAACCGGCGGCGGAGCGGCGCGGAGCGGGUCGGACUGGCUCAUGUCGCUCCUCAACGCGCACCCUGCGAUCUGCAUGCCCGCCGGUCGCGUCGACGUGCCCGCCGGCCACGAUCCGACGGUCCUCGUGUCCAAGGUCCGCGCGCGCGAGGCGGCGCGGCCCGGGCGCAACGUGACCGCGGCCUUCGAGGCGAGCGCGAACGCACGCGUCGCGAUCGCCGCGCGCGACAACGGCAGGUGCGCCGCGUUCGGGUGGAAGCAGGGGCUCUGGCUCGCCAAGGGCUACGCGACGGCGGCGCACCGCGCGGAGUUCGCCGCGUGGGUGGCGCGGCGCGGCGUCAAGCUCGUGCUGCUGCGGCGCGUCGGCGUCGCGCGCGUCGUCUCCGGCGCGAAGAACCGCCUCACGCCCAACGCCACGCUUCUAGGGGCAGAGGCGUCGCGCAACGUGCACUGCACGUCGACGCGCUGCGCGGCCGCCGUGGCGAAGCUGCGGGUGCGGCUCGACGCGGAGACGCUCGCGGGCACGCUCGCGUCGCAGAAGCGCGAGUGGGACGCCGUCGAGGCCUGGGCGGCCGCCGCCGCGCCGCCGCCGCGCGCGUUCCGCGUGACCUACGACGAGCUCGUUGCCGACACGCCGAGGUGGCUGGGCGAGCUCUACGACUUCCUCGGCGUCGGGCCGCCCCCGAAGCCGCCGCGGACCGCGUACGUCAAGUCCGGCGGGCGCGCGGCGGACAGCAUCGAGAACCUCGACGAGGUCCGGGCGGCGCUCGCGGGGACGGAGUGGGCGGCCGAGCUCGAGGACGGAACGAUGGUUGGUCGAGCUGUCUUCCUCUUCGCCGUGGUCGGCGUCGCGGCGUCGUCGUGCCCCGACGGCUUCGUGAGCCCGACGUCGACGGCCGACGCCUGUUUCCACGUGAGUCCCAUGACGGCGACGUACGUGCAGUGCGAGGACUACUGCGAGGAGAAGGGCGGCACGCUGGCGUCCAUCCGCGACGAGGCCGAGAACGACUUCGCCGGCGAGGACGAGUCCGGCGACUGGCAGUGGGUCGACGGCCACGCGCCGACGUACCAAAAGUGGAACCCCGGCGAUCCCAACGAGUGGUGCACGGACGAGGACUGCGUCGUCUUCUCGCCGGGCCUCUUCCACGACUGGGUCGGCGCCGGCGUCGACGCGUCCUGCAACGUGCGGGGCUGGGCCAAGUGCCUCUGCCGCGCGGGCGGGUCGCCGUCCGAGGCCUACGGCGACACGAAGGCGCUGCUCGACGACAACCGCGCCGACUACGAGCGGUGCAAGGAGGGCGACGAGGGCGAGGACGAGGACGAGGACGAGGACGCGCCGGAGGACCUCGGGCGCCUGUACUGCCAGUACAACGGCUUCCGCAACGGGAACCAGUUCUUCUCCGGCGACCGCCUCGCCUACGCGCCGGACUGGCAGGAGACGCGCCUCGGGGGCUACGCGUCGGGCUGUGCGUCGGGCACGUGCGGCUACGCGGCGAUGGAGCACGACGAGCAGUGGGCGCGCUGCUGCUGCCGCGACACCACGUUCUGCUGCCCCCAGGGCGAAUGGAGAGAGAGCUGCCUGUCGCGCGACGACUGGGAGGACGAGUGGGAGGACGAGGAGGACGACGAGUGGGACCGGCACCACGACGCGGACGAGGACGCCAUCUUCGCCAUGCUCCACGAGGUCCACGUCCUCGUCGUCGUCGUCAUCGUGCUCCUCGCGUUGCUCAUCGUCGUCCUCCUCGCCAUCGCCGGCCUCAAGUACAAGGCGCAGGCCGCCGCGGGGUCCGCGAUCGCCGCGAUGGGCGUCGAGCUCAGCACCGCGGGGCCGAGCGCCUACAGCGUCGUCUAG